UAAAGCAGUCUAUUCAGAACACAAGAGUAGUGCACAUCAAUAGAACAUAAACAUACCAUAGAUUAAAAGUAAAUAAUAAAUAAAAACGAUAUUCACCCGGAAGAGAGUAUAGUACAAUAGGUAUAAAUAAGGUAUAAGUACGGUGCAUUAGAAAUAACUAUAGCAUUCAAGUUUGGUAGGUGAACCGCUGCAGGUCAAACGAGAGGUCCAGUUAAUCCAGGAGAAAAAUAAAAUGAGUUUGCUCCUGUUGCUUGCGGUGUUGGUGGCGGCUGAAGCAGCCAACGUGGUUCACACCAGCGUUCCUCAUGGCUAUAUAGUGAACAAAGAGGUCGGCAAAGCGUACAGGGUGGUGUACCAUGCUCAGACGUGGAACCGCGCUAAAAUGGACUGCGAGACUCACGGGGCUUCUCUCGCCGUGCCUAAGUCGCAGGACGAGUUCCAUUUCCUGCAGCGGCUGGUGCGCGGCAUGUACUACCCGCAGGUGACGGAAACAAGGUACAAGUUGCUGGUCUGGCUCGGCAUCUCCAACAUCGAGGACUAUAACGUCUGGACCAAUAUUGAUGAUGAGGAUAUCGAAACAACUGGAUUUCAUAAAUGGGCGAGCAAUAACGUUAAUUUCAGCAAUGACCCCAUGGAACCCCACUGCGCUGGCAUGGACGGCGUGAACCCUGGUCUCCGAGACUACUGGUGCCACCUCCGUCAACCUUACAUCUGUCAGAUCAAAGUCGAGUCCUACGGACAGCCAAACUACAAUAACUUGAACGAAGUUCUGGAACACUCUCUUGACUGAAUCUUCAAUUAGCUUAAGUUUACUUUUUGUAUUGAUUAUUUAUUUAUUAAAGUAUUAAUCAUAA